AUGUUCGAUAAAACUACAAUGUCCCUUCAUACAUUACCAGUUGAACUUGUCUAUCGAAUUUUGGAUUAUCAAACUGAUUUAACGAUUGUGAUCUCAAUGCGAAAUGUAUGUCAACGAUUGAAUAAAAUUGUCGACACUUAUUCUCGAUAUCAAACGCUUGACACUUUAGAUUUAUUUUCCUAUGAAAUUGGAGAUGUAGGGGCUCAACGUCUAGCCGGUUCACUAUACAACAACACAGUGAUUAAUUAUUUUUUUCUUCUAGCUAUACUUUUAUUUUUACAUAGACAAUCACUACGCUAA